AUGAGUAAGACACCAAUACCAUCUGAAUACGACGAUACAAGAAUUUUGGGGUACGAUCCAUUAAUCCCUCCUGCCCUUUUGCAGCACGAAAUCAGGGCUUCUGCAGAAAGCUUGGACGUUGUUAUAAGAGGGCGUUUUGAGGCGGGCCAGAUUUUGAAAGGCCACGAUGACAGGUGUUUAGUUAUUGUUGGACCUUGCUCGAUUCAUGAUACCAAGGCCGCCUUGGAGUAUGCCACGAGGUUGAAGAAGUUGAGCGACGAGUUGAAGGAUGACUUGUGCAUUGUCAUGCGUGCAUAUUUGGAGAAGCCAAGGACAACUGUUGGCUGGAAAGGCUUGAUCAAUGACCCUGACGUGGACAAUUCCUUUGACAUCAACCGCGGCUUGAGGAUUUCGCGUCAGUUGUACUCUGACUUGACCAAGUCGGGCUUGCCCAUUGGUUCAGAGAUGUUGGACACAAUUUCGCCUCAAUACUUUUCCGACUUUUUGAGUUUUGGCGCUAUUGGCGCUAGAACCACCGAGUCGCAGUUGCACAGAGAGUUGGCUUCCGGGUUGUCGUUCCCAAUUGGGUUCAAGAAUGGUACUGAUGGUGGCUUGGCGGUUGCCUUGGAUGCGGUUCAGGCGUCGUCAAAGGGCCACCAUUUUAUGGGUGUCACUAAAAACGGUACUGCUGCCAUCACCACUACAAAAGGUAAUGACAAUUGUUUCAUCAUUUUGAGAGGCGGCAAGAAGGUUACAAACUACGACUGUGACUCGGUCAAGGCUGCCAAGGAGGCCAUUGGCAAGUCGACCGACCCAAACAUCAAGUUGAUGGUUGACUGCUCGCAUGACAAUUCACAAAAGGACUAUCGAAAUCAGCCGAAGGUGUUGGAAGCCGUGGCGGAACAGAUUAGCAACGGCGAAGAUACUCUUAUCGGGGUCAUGAUUGAAUCGCACUUGAAUGAGGGCAAGCAAUCGAUGCCUCCUUCAGGACAAGGAAAGGAGGCCUUGAAGUACGGUGUUUCCAUCACGGACGGCUGCGUUGGCUGGGACACUACAGUGGAUAUGUUGACCAAAUUGAGUCAAGCUGUUCAAAAGAGGAGAACGUUGAAAAAGCAAAAAGUAUAG